AUUCUUCGUCGUCUCUCGAACGCGUCACUCUUUUAGUCGGUUUUGUCGUUUUCUAGUAUUUGCGAUUUUUUGAAGGUUAACGAGAAACAAAAAUGUCCGAGUCCGAUAAUCUUCAGCUUCCACCAUCAUCGACAGGGGCAACAGUUGCAGCUACUGAUGUUGGUUGGUACAUUCUUGGUGAAAAUCAGCAGAACCUGGGCCCUUAUACUUUUUCUGAGCUUUGUGACCAUUUCAGGAAUGGUUACCUACUAGAAACUACCCUUGUCUGGGCUGAAGGAAGAAGUGAAUGGCAACCACUAUCUGCCAUUCCCGAGUUGAUGUCAAGGAUAUCCGGAGCUGAGAUUGUCUAUCCGGCUGUAGGUGCAUCUGGGUUGAGAAAUGGAUCUAAUGCUGGAACCGAGCAAGAGAAGCAAAAUUAUACUGUCUCUGCUAGUACUGAGGAUGAAUUUGAGAAAUGGCAGAGAGAGAUUAAAGAAGCAGAAGAGGAGGCUGAAAGGUUGAAAAAUGGUUCUGUCUCUGGUACUGAGCUUGUUGAAGAUGAUCAUGAAAGGGCUUCUUCACCACCUGAGGGCGAAGAUGAGUUCACAGAUGAUGAUGGAACGAAAUAUAAAUGGGACAGAGCUCGUAGAGUAUGGGUUCCUCAGGACGAUCCACCACUGGGUAGCGUUGACCCGUAUGGACUCGAAGAGAUGACCUUUGCUAAGGAAGACGAAGUAUUUCCAACAAUUAACAUUCUUGAUACUUCUGUUGAUAAGAAGGAUGCCGCUAAGGAUGAUGUGGCUGGUAAGAAAGAAGAAGAUGGCUCUGAUGAAACAGCUGAAAUAAACAGUAACGGCAAAAGAAAGCUACCAGAGCCAGAAACUGAAAAGAAGGAACCAAACAAGCCUCCAGAUUCGUGGUUUGAGUUAAAAGUCAACCCACAUAUUUAUGUUACUGGGUUGCCCGAUGAUGUCACCGUCGAGGAAGUAGCUGAAGUUUUUUCUAAAUGCGGCAUAAUUAAGGAGGAUGAAACUGGCAAACCUCGGAUAAAGCUUUACAGUGACAAGGGGACAGGAAAAUUAAAAGGCGAUGCUCUUAUCACGUAUAUGAAGGAGCCCUCAGUGGAUCUGGCAAUUAAAAUCUUAGAUGGGGCUCCGUUACGUCCUGCUGACAAGCUCCUCAUGUCAGUUUCUCGAGCUAAGUUUGAGCAGAAAGGGGAGAGAUUCAUAACUAAGCAAACCGACAACAAGAAGAAAAAGAAGCUUAAAAAGGUCGAGCAAAAGUUGCUUGGAUGGGGUGGUACAGAUGAUGCUAAGGUCUCAAUACCUGCAACGGUUGUUCUGCGCUACAUGUUCAGUCCAGCUGAGUUGAGGACUGAUGAGGAUCUGGUUGCUGAGUUAGAGGAAGAUGUGAAAGAGGAGAGUUUGAAGCAUGGACCGUUUGACUCAGUGAAGGUAUGUGAGCAUCAUCCACAGGGUGUUGUUCUUGUAAGAUUCAAGGAUCGGAGAGAUGCACAGAAAUGUAUAGAAGCAAUGAACGGUCGAUGGUAUGCAAAGAGACAGAUACAUGCGAGCCUCGAUGAUGGAUCAGUGAACCAUGCUACAGUUAGGGAUUUUGAUUUGGAAGCCGAACGGUUAGAUCAGUUUUCAGCUGAACUCGAAGCUGAUGAGGUUUCCGCGAGGACUCUGUUCAAAUCGAGCUGUGUGGACUUGUUUGAGCUUGGUGAAUUCCACGGGUUUAUUUGGUCUAGAGGACGAGGAAUGUUUUAUUCGCAGUUUAUAUUAGCUAAGAAAGGGCCACUUGGGACAAUAUGGAUUGCUGCCCAUUUGGAGAGGAAGCUUCGAAAGAAUCAGGUCGCUGAUACUGAUAUUGGAGUCUCCGUUGAUUCUAUUCUCUUUCCGGAAGCUCCAAUUGCAUUGCGAUUGUCUAGUCAUCUUCUACUCGGUGUUGUGCGUAUAUAUUCGAGAAAGGUGAAUUACCUCUUCGAUGAUUGCAGUGAGGCAUUGCUUAAGGUAAAGCAAGCUUUUCGCUCUGCUGCUGUUGACCUACCCCCUGAAGAAUCUACAGCGCCAUAUCACUCAAUUACGUUGCCUGAGACUUUUGAUCUUGAUGACUUUGAGCUUCCAGACAAUGAGAUCUUUCAGGGUAAUUACGUCGAUCAUCAUGUUAGUACAAGAGAGCAGAUCACCCUUCAGGAUACCAUGGAUGGUGUUGUAUACUCAACGUCACAAUUUGGAUUAGAUGAGCGAUUUGGUGAUGGCGACACUUCUCAAGCUGCUUUGGAUCUUGAUGAGGCAGUAUUCCAGGAUAAGGAUGUUAUUGGAUCCGACGAUGAGGGAGUUCCUGGUAAUGAUCACAAUGCGUAUCUGGAUGCGGCAACACCCGGGAUAAAGGAUUCGAUGGAAGGAGUCUCUGAAGCCAUGCCCAGGGAUUUUAAUGAAGAGCAGGUUGAAGAUCUUGCUAUGAAUAAUGAGUUCAUCGAAGAUGCUCAAGCUCCUCAAACUCCUGGAUUAGUUGAGGUGCCAAACUCGUCUAGUGUCAGAGAGCAGCUGGCAUGCGAUGAUCACAUGGAGGUAGAGGAUCUGAAUGCAGAAGAAGGUAAAAAGGCCUCUGGGGAGCUGGAUGCUAAUGAGAUGCAUAAACGUGGGGAAGACCUGUCUUCUGAAUAUAAUGCCCCAGAAUCAGCAGUUACUCCUGUGGAGGUAGAUAAGUCACAGAUAGAUGAAAAUGUCAACACACAAAAUGAGCCGGAGGAGGAGAGGGCAGAGCAUGUACAUGUUACAUCUCCAUGUUGUUCUCACAUCACCACCGAGAUGGAGGAUCCUGGUCAAGUAAUGACUGAGGCAGGAAUUAAUGUUAAUAAUGUUGUAACUGAUAAGUCCGAUGCUGUUCCUCCACUUGAAUCUUCUGGAGAAGAGAACCGAGAUCAUUUUGCCAUUGCCACUGAGGUCAAUCAGGAAACAGAUUCUAGUUUACAAGGAGAUGAGCAAGCGUACAGUAGACCAGAUGGGCAGCUGAAUAAUGCACACGUAACUGAUGAACAGUUAGGAAAUUUGACUGGAUUUACUGAUUCUGAUUUGCCAGCACCUGAGAAGGUAUUAGCUGCACCUAACAGACAGGGGGAUGGAAAUGAUUUCAUGGUUGAAUCUACGCCAGAUAAAGAAGACCCUGGCACAUGUAAUGAUGAUGCGGGGAAUAAUAACAUUACUGGGAAAAAACGCACUUUUACUGAGAGCACACUAACUGCAGAAAGUUUGAAUUCUGUGGAGUCAGUUGGACUGAUUCAGUCAAAGAGAACUGCAGAUUCUGUCCCUGAUGACGAUGAUUUGUUGUCUUCUAUCUUAGUUGGAAAGUCAUCCUUUCUGAAGAUGAGGCCUACGCCUGUGCUUGAACCAGCAUCUACAAAACGGUUACGAGCUGCUCCCCGCUCUACUGCCACAAAGAGGAAGGUUUUAAUGGAUGACCCUAUGGUCUUGCAUGGCGACAUUAUACGUCAACAACUGACAAACACUGAAGAUAUACGCCGGGUGCGAAAGAAGGCUCCUUGCACCAUUCCUGAGAUCGUAAUGCUUCAAAGGCAGGCUUUGGAGGAUGGACUCUUAAAGGAGCCAAUAUUCACGGGUAUGUCAGUGGAAUUAGUAUCUCUGCACAAUGAGCCGUAUGAUCUAAGAGGAAUCAUGAUAAUUGAGAAUGAUGACCGUCAUGCUUCUGUUGGAGUGGUGGAAGAUAAUGAAUGUUCUGUUACAGCCGUGGAAGAAAACUCUGCUCCUCAACCUCACCCAAAUGAUUCCGAGGAGCAACCUGGUACAGCUCAUACUCACCCACAGGAGGAACAAAUCAUAAACCAACAGGAAGAGAUGAAAGAUGAUAAUGAGCUUGCUGAAAAAAUAUCUGACUUGGAAGUUUUGAAGGACGUCAAUGGAGCUGCUGAUGAAGUGAAUCUUGUAGUGAGUGACGAUGUCAGUCAAAUGCCGUCUGAGGAAAAACUCGACCGUGUAGAGGAUUUACAGGUGGAAGAAUCCCAGGAAAACCAUGAUGGAGAAGGUGGGCAGGAUGUUUGUGCGGAUCUUAAUGAAAAAAGUUGCACUGACGUUAUUGAAAUUGCUGAAGGCGAUAUAGAUAGCAACCCCAUUUUCAAUGAGAUGGACUUGAAAGUUGAAGAUGAACUUCCACAUGAAGAUAAGAAAACGGAUGCAUCAGCUGAAGUUAGCGAGAUUGGGAUAGACGAGCGCACGCCAUGCGAUAACACAGUUGGCUCCACUGAAACUGGAUGCGUAGAAACUGGUGAUUUGAGUAAUAUGGCUUUGGAAAAUUGCAAUGAACCUCUUGUGGAAGCGAAUAAUGAUGGGUUGAAUCCAGAGAUAGAGUCUUAUAACAAAUACGAACCGCAUAAUGAGAUGUCUAAUGAGGAGGCUUAUAUGCAAAGUGCACUAGAUGGAGAACAUACUUCUCGUGAUGGUCUUAUGGGAGACAAUGAUGAAAUGGAUACCAUGGAAGUUGGACACGACACAGGAUUUUUGAACGUGGAUGAUGAUGAAGUAGAUGAAGAUCAUGAGGACGAUGACAUACAAUAUGGUGACGAAACUCGUCUUCUAGAGAACAGUGGAUGGUCUUCUCGUACUAGGGCUGUGGCAAAGUAUCUCCAGACGUUAUUUGAUAAAGAAGCUGAGAAUGGGAAGAAUGUUCUUGUGGCAGACAAACUAUUAGCUGGGAAAACCCGUAAAGAAGCAUCGAGAAUGUUUUUCGAAACCCUGGUUCUUAAAACAAGAGAUUACAUCCAAGUUGAACAAGCGAAGCCCUAUGAAAGCAUCAUCAUAAAACCACGACCAAAACUCACCAAAUCCAUCUUCUAGAUGGAGAAGAUCAGUCUUAGAUAGGUAGUUUGGUCCAAUCCGAAAAUAUCAUCCGAAAUGAUUCUACUUCUCCAAAGUUAAUACACUUCCCUUUUAAGG